GCCGCUGGCUGCAGCAGAGGAAGGGGCAGCCCUCGUCGCCCGAGCCUCGCCCCGCCGCCUACGUCGUGUGGAAAUCCGAGGGUGAUUUCACUUGGAACAGCAUGUCAGGGCGCAGUGUUCGGCUGAAGUCAGUUCCCGUUCAAAGCCUCUCAGAGCUGGAGCGUGCUCGGCUGCAGGAAGUGGCUUUUUAUCAGUUGCAGCAGGACUGUGACCUGGGCUGUCAGAUUACUAUCCCCAAAGAUGGACAAAAGAGGAAGAAGUCAUUAAGAAAGAAACUGGACUCUUUAGGAAAGGAGAAGAACAGAGACAAAGAAUUUAUUCCCCAGGCUUUUGGAAUGCCUCUGUCUCAAGUGAUUGCUAAUGACCGGGCCUACAAGCUCAAGCAAGACUCUCAGAGAGAAGAGCAAAAAGAUGUUUCAGAUUUUGUGGCCUUUCUCUUGCCGUUUGGAGCUAAAAGACAGAACAAAGAACUUUCAAGCAGUAACUCAUCUCUCAGCUCAACCUCAGAGACACCGAAUGAAUCCACUUCUCCUAACACACCUGAGCCAGCACCACGAGCAAGGAGGCGUGGCGCAAUGUCUGUGGACUCUAUUACAGACCUUGAUGACAAUCACUCAAGAUUGUUGGAGGCUCUCCAGCUCUCUUUGCCAGCAGAAGCCCAGAGUAAGAAAGAAAAGGCAAGAGAUAAAAAACUAAGCCUGAACCCUAUUUACAGGCAGGUUCCUCGGCUUGUAGAUAGUUGCUGCCAGCACUUGGAAAAGCAUGGUCUCCAGACAGUAGGAAUAUUCAGAGUUGGAAGCUCAAAAAAGAGAGUAAGACAGUUACGUGAAGAGUUUGACCGAGGUGUAGAUGUUGUAUUAGAUGAAGAGCACAGCAUUCAUGAUGUUGCUGCCUUGUUAAAGGAAUUUCUGCGUGAUAUGCCUGACCCACUUCUCACCAGAGAGCUUUAUACACCUUUCAUCAACACCCUCUUAUUAGAGCCAGAUGAACAGCUCAGCACCUUACAGCUUCUCAUUUAUCUUCUACCUCCUUGUAACUGCGAUACCCUUCACCGGCUGCUGCAGUUCCUCUCCACAGUAGCUGGCCAUGCAGAAGAUACCAGAGACAAGGAUGGCCAAGAGAUUACUGGGAACAAAAUGACAUCGCUUAACCUGGCCACCAUCUUUGGCCCUAACUUGUUGCACAAGCAGAAAUCUACAGACAAAGAAUUCUCAGUUCAGAGCUCAGCUCGAGCUGAAGAGAGUACUGCUAUCAUAGCUGUUGUGCAAAAGAUGAUUGAAAACUAUGAAACCCUUUUCAUGGUUUCCCCUGAUUUACAGAAUGAAGUGCUUAUUAGCUUAUUAGAGACUGACCCAGAUGUUGUAGACUAUUUGCUGAGGAGGAAAGCUUCCCAGUCAUCGAGCCCUGAGAUGCUGCGGUCAGAAGGUUCCUACUCCACAGGAGAAAGACAUUCUUCCACAGACUCCAACAAAGCUUCCAGUGGUGAUGUCUCCCCUUACGACAACAACUCCCCGGUGCUGUCUGAGCGCUCGCUGGUGGCAAUGCAAGAAGAAGUUGCCCACAGCCCAGAUAAGCUGUACAAGGUACCUGAGCAGUACUCGCUGGUUGGACACUUGCAAACUAAGCCAAAGGAGAACUCUUCUACAUCACAGGCUGGAAAAGAUGUUUCUGAAGAUCAUUUUGAUAUCUGGGGCACUUGGCAUUCAACGCUGAAAAGUGGCUGCAAAGAUCCAGUAAUCACAGGUUCUUACGGGAACAUUUAUGAAAGCAGCUCGCUGCGUCCCGGACAGUGCUCUCUUUCCCAGGGGAACCUGGCCGUGCAUUCCCCUCGAUGGCAGGGCAGCUCCUCGGAACUGGACAGCGGCAGGCAGGUCAUGCGGAGGAGCCAGACGACAGCCGCCAUUCCCGAGUGUCAGUUCCAGGCCGCGGUGCCUCGGGUGUGCAGUAACCCACACAGCGAGGCUGGCUGCACGAGUUCAGACCUGCCCCACUCCAAGUCGGAGCAGCACUUGACUUUGAGCAGUGUGGAGGACCUCAGUGAGCACGACUCGAAUGUGGGUUGUUUGCAAAGCACAGCCAAGCCCUCCUACAGGAAAGAGCGGCCACCCCCCCCUUACCCAGGCCCAGCAAAAACAAGCUCUGCGUUGCCGCAGCGGCCGAGUGUUUCUUCAGCGCUGCACUCCUUGUGGAGACUUCAACGCCCAGAGAAAAGUUCGAGAGCAGCUGGGGGGCCACCAGGCAGAGCCCCUGACCAGGCCACCUCCAGGCAGGAGCAGCUGGCCCCGCACACACAAGCGGGUCACCACUAUUCCACAGCACCUCACAGCCACAACAGUAAGAGCGUUUCAGAGGCGGACUGGAAUGAGUGGCAAAGGGAGAGGUGGCAGAUUUGGGAGCUGUUAUCAGCUGACAACCCUGAUGCCCUCCCAGAAACCCUUGUAUGAUCUGACUGUGGAACUGCUGCUCAUACCCCUGCCUCCGUCUCACAGGAAAACCACGGUGACAUUGGAAAACAGGGAGGGCUUGUUUGUUUUAUACCAACUGAAUUGCAUAUACUUUUUUAAAAACUUUGUUCACUUUAAUUUCUCAACAGAACUGUCAAGCAGUUAAUUUACAAAUUCCAUAUGUUCCUGUUUUUCAGCAAGCUUUUGAGAAAAAAACAAGGUGAAAACUUUAGUGUAAUAACUCUGUAUGCAUAUGCUGUGUAUAUGAUAAAACUGUUGCUUUGAUGUUGCUAAAAAUGUAUUUAUAUACCUGCAGUUUUGAUGAUUGUAUAUUCUGUAAUGGGUAUUGUAUGAUAAUCAUGUUAUGUUUUCAUAUACAGAUGUCAAUCAAUCAUGACUGCUUUUUUUAAAAAAAAUCACUGCACUUACAUUACCAUGAUAUGCGUUGGAAUUCUAUAGAAAGUGCACAAGCUGGUUUCUGUGCUUAUAUAUAUAUAUAUUAAAAAAAAAGCUGUUAAAGGGGAAAGUUGUACUUCUUUUCACUGCCUUUUGAAAAACACUAAAACAAAGGGGAACAUGAAAAGCCAUAUAUUUUAUAAGGGUAGUAGUGAGCUUAGAGGGGAGAAUACAAAAUAUUUUUUUCUUAUACAUAUGUUUGCAAAAAACUUUGAAAUUUCAUACAAGAUUGUAAAAGUAUUUUUUUUAGAUUCUGGUAGGAAGCAGCUCAGAGAAUCUAAGAACAACAUUGUGCCUAAACCAAUGAAGUACAUAGUGCAAAGUCUGCCCUCCCAUUCUAAAGGAAAACCAAUGUUAUAUAUGCAGGAUAUAAUAUAUAUAUUUAUAAAUGUAUGAUUUUAUGUAUUGUUUUAAAACAAUAAACUGGAAUCCAAAUUUUAGAAAACCAAACCUAAUAAAUUGAGAUGCAUAACACUGAGGAAGAACAUGGCUUUUCCUUUGAAAUAACAAAGCUCCAGCAUUAAGAAAGUGAGAGAAAGGAAAAAGAUGCAGACACACACAUGAAAAGGAGUCAAGUAGAGUUUCAGAAAUGAGCAUGACAUUUGGAGAAGCUGAGAACUGUGAGAAACUGUGUUUCUAUAAAUAUUGUGCCGAGGCCUGGGUCAGUCACACUUCCUCGGUAGCUGUACGUUGCGUUGUGUUUGAUGUUGCUGUUUUAUACGCAUUGUUUUUCAGCUGCAGAGCCCUUUGUGGGCAGUGGGUGGCAAUGUA